UGAAAGGCAAAAUGGAAAUCAACAGAAACUUAUUGAUCAAUAUGAGAUUCAAUUAACUACUUUAAAAUCAGAAAUCUCUUCGAAAGAUAAAGAGAUUAAAGAUUUGAAAUCAGAAAAUGUAAAAACAAAAGAACUUCAAACUGAAAUCACAGCAUCUAAACAAGCGUCUAGCUGCUUCGGCAAAUUGACGAAUAUUCAUGCCUUAAGAGUCCCCAUAAUUCAUACAAUGACAGUUUCAUGUGAAUCGAACUUACCUGAAGCUGGAGCUGGUUGGACUAUUAUUCAGCGUCGUAAGGAUGGUAGUGUUAAUUUUAAUAGAACGUGGUCAGAGUAUAGAGAAGGCUUUGGAAAUCUUCAUGGUGAAUUCUUUCUUGGACUGGAGAAGAUUCAUUUGUUAACACAAUCCCAACCACAUGAAGUGUUUAUAUUCCUUGGAGACCUUUUUAAUGAAACUCGAUAUGCCCGAUAUAAGAACUUUGCCAUUGGUAACGAGUUGGAAUUCUACGAGUUGAAAGUGCUCGGAAAAUACUCGGGAAAUGUUUCAGAUUCAUUGAAACUUCACAUAAAUCGAAAGUUUUCAACACCAGAUAGGUACAAUCAUACUUCUAGCAAUUGCCCUCAAACUUAUAAUUCUGGAUGGUGGUUUACCAAUUGCUAUUUUUAUAAUCUUAACGGAAUGUACGUGUAUUCUAAUAAUGAUAACGAUGUGAAUGGCAUUGAAUUGAGAUCAUGGAAGCAUCGGCCGGUGAAAUUUGCACACAUGAUGAGUGAAAUUAUUAAUCUUUCAAAUUUAAUAUUCUGUUAA